AUGAACGAUCGUGAAACUUACUUCUAUCGAUGCUAUUCGCAAACCAGCGCUGGCGGCCUCAUCUCUGGCAAAGGUCCAGGGCAAGCACGACCCUUAGGCGACAACCUUCUCCCUGAGUUCAUCAAUCAUCUGAAUCUAAACACAAGAAAGCCGACUGCCCUCGUUUCAGUCAGUAGCCGUGUAAUCGAUACACUCCGACGCGCUUUCAACAAAUACUACGAAUACAGAGAAGACCCCAGCCAAAUCUGGAUCGCGUUCAUCUUCGUGCCUAAUGCAGACGAGCAUGUCUAUCAUCAUGCUGAGGGUCUAGCCGAGAGAUUCGAGAUGAGGGAAUCUAGACUGUUGCGAUACGAGUACCUGUUCGAAUGGGAAAUACCACAGAAAUACUUCAUUCAUGACGUCUCUGUCAAGACGCUCAUGAAGCGCGGAUUCAACAUGCGCGAGUUCCGCGUCAAGGACGAUCGCGGCGGUGUUACACUCCCAUCUAUCCCAACUUUGAAGAAAGAUUUCGCAAAAGCGAUCUUCGGAUCAUCGGACCACGCAUACGAAGUCGGCAUAUACCUAGGAAGUCUGGCCCGUUGUUUCGGAGCUCGUUCGCCAUCACGCCAGAUCACGCUUCAGCUUCAACAAGAUUGCUUUCCCAUAACUUCGGUCAACCACGACGAUCAGGUAUUCAGGCUGUCAUACGAGGAUGGUUCCAGAGUGCUUAUUGGGUUUGAUGAUGUUCGUGCCAUCGAAGACGGUGUUGACGUGGUCUUGCUCGAUUGGUGGCUGACAGAUCCCGAUUUCUGCGCCGCAUACGAAGAUCAUCUGGCUUGGGCCGAGCAGACAGGGGCAGACGUCGAGUCUGAAUGGGAGCUUCACAAGACAGAGAGGCAAAUCGAGAAAGCUGCUGUUGAGCUAGGAUUGUGA